AUGCCUCUGAAAGUGAGAAAAGAAUUAUAAAUUUAAAUAAUAUAAAUGAUUAUAUUUGUGAUUUGCUUUUUGUUUUUAAUAAAAGGAAAACCUGAUUAUUCAGGAUAAUUGGAUACAAAUAUAGAAUAGUAGAUAAAAUUAGAUAAGUCAUCAAAAGCAAAUAGUAUAAUAAUAAAAUUUUAUGUGUCUUCAUCAAAAGCAGUUUGUUUAGUAUCAUAAUCAAGUUUAGAAUAAGUAGCAAUUACAGAUUUAAAUGAUCCAAAAAAUGAAUCUUUUGCUUAUGAUUAUUAGGGUUAUUAAGCUAAUUCUGUUUAUUAAUUAGUAGAAAUAGACUUUUAUUAGCUUUUAUAUAUAAGAUGCUUACAAUCUGAAUAAAUUAAUGAAAAAAGUUCAUAUGAAUUAUAUAUUACAGAAAGACCAUUUAUAGAAUCUUGUAUUAAUGAUUGUAAUGGAUAUAAUUAUCCUGAAAUUCAAAAUUCUGUUUGUGUAUCAAUGUAAUGUAAUUGUUUAGAUUCAUAUUUUGGAUUAUUUUGUCAAUUUUAAUCAUCUAAAAUAUAUAGCAAUGUUUAUAAUAAAUUAACAAUAGAAUCUAAUAAAUGGAUAUAUUUAUAUUAUGAAUUACCUACUACUAAUGUAGAAUUAUAAACUAUGAAUGAAUAAUAGGAUGUAUGUAAAAUAUUUAAUAAUAACGUAGUUUAUAGCUUAGUUUCUGAAUAAACACCUUAAAAAACAAUACCAAAUUUACAAAAUAGUUCUAGAUUGUUAUCUAUAGUAAAUAUAUAAGAAGAAAUUAUAAUAUCUAAUGCUGACGUAAUCUAUAUAGGAAUCUAUAAUAAUUAAUCUGAACAAAUUGAAUUUUAGUUUAAAAUAGUUACUUAUUAUUAAGAUGAUUAAUCAAUAUUUGAACGUAAUAGAAUAAUAAUUAUAAUAACUGUUUGUGCUAUUGCAACUCUUUUCUUAUUUGCAAUUGGAAUAUCUGUAUUAAGAACUAGAAAGCAUUAGUAAAUUCGUAAAUAAGUAUAAGAAACUAUUCGUAGAAAUCUAAAUUAGUAAGGAUUUUUAGAUUAAUAAUAAUAAUCUAAUAGAGUAUUUGAUCCAGCUAUUUAUAAAGGUAAAUUAAAUAUAAUAAUAUAAUAAGGUUUUUAAAUUAGAUUUAUAAAAGAUCAUUUUAAAGCUAAUUAUUAUGAUAAAUUUAUAUAAGUGUAUCCUGGAUUAUCUUAAUUUGAAGAAUGUGCUGUUUGUUUAGAAUAAAUGAAAAAUGCUAAUAAUAAAUUAUAAAAGAUUUGUUGUGUUACUCCUUGUUUUCAUAUAUUUCAUUAUAUAUGUUUAUAAGAAUGGUUACUUAGAUAAAAGAAUUGUCCAUUUUGUAGAACUGUAUAUAAUAGAAAAAAGAUUAUAUAAGAUUUCCCUUGGAUAGAUAUUGGAAAUAUAUAAAUUAAAAAUACAGAUUCUAAUUAUCUAUGUAGAAUCAAAAAUCAAAUAGAAAGUGUUAAUGACAGUCGUAUAGAAUUAAAUCAAAAUUAAUAAUCAGAAUAAACUAACCAAUUAUAAGAAAUUAAAGAUUGA